GCAGUGCGCCCGCCGCCCGCCGCGCCGCCAGCAUGUCGUUCAUCCCGGUGGCCGCGGACUGCGACUUCCCCAUCCACAACCUGCCGUACGGCGUGUUCUGCACCGCAGGCAACCCAAGACCAAGGAUCGGCGUGGCCAUCGGUGACCAGAUCCUGGACCUCAGCGUCAUUAAACACCUCUUCACCGGACCUGUCCUCUCCCAACACCAGGAUGUCUUCGAUCAGCCUGCUCUCAACAGCUUCAUGGGCCUGGGGCAGGCCGCCUGGAAGGAGGCCAGGGCCUUCCUGCAGGACCUGCUGUCCGCCGGCCGGGCCAGGCUCAGAGAUGACGCGGAGCUUCGCAAGCGUGCGUUCACCCCCCAGGCCUCUGCCACGAUGCAGCUUCCGGCCACCAUAGGAGACUACACGGACUUCUACUCCUCCCGCCAGCACGCUACCAACGUGGGAGUCAUGUUCAGGGGCAAGGAGAGUCCGCUGUUGCCGAACUGGCUGCACCUGCCUGUGGGCUACCACGGCCGGGCCUCCUCCGUCGUCGUGUCUGGCACCCCGAUCCGAAGGCCCAUGGGACAGAUGAGGCCCGAUGACGCGAAGCCUCCUGUGUACGGUCCCUGCGAACUCCUGGACCUGGAGCUGGAAAUGGCUUUCUUCGUGGGCCCCGGGAACAGCCUCGGAGAGCCCAUCCCCAUCUCCAGGGCCCACGAGCACAUCUUCGGGAUGGUGCUGAUGAACGACUGGAGCGCCCGCGACAUCCAGAAGUGGGAGUACGUCCCCCUCGGGCCCUUCCUCGGGAAGAGCUUCGCAACAACCAUCUCGCCCUGGGUGGUGCCCAUGGACGCCCUCCUGCCCUUCGCCGUGCCGGGCCCGGAGCAGGACCCCAGGCCCCUGCCGUACCUGUGCCACGACCAGCCCUACGCGUUCGACAUCAACCUCUCUGUGGCCCUGAAAGGAGAAGGCAUGAGCCAUGCGGCCACCAUAUGCAGGUCCAACUUUAAGCACAUGUACUGGACGAUGCUGCAGCAGCUCGCGCACCACUCUGUCAACGGCUGCAACCUGCGCCCGGGGGACCUCCUGGCUUCCGGAACCAUCAGCGGGCCGGAGCCGGAAAGCUUCGGCUCCAUGCUGGAGCUGUCCUGGAGGGGGUCGAGGGCCAUAGAGCUGGGCCACGGGCAGACGCGGAGGUUCCUGCUGGACGGUGACGAAGUCAUCAUAACAGGACACUGUCAAGGAGACGGUUACCGCGUCGGCUUUGGCCAGUGCACUGGAAAAGUGCUGCCCGCUCUCCUGCCGGCGUGAGGUUCUCCCCGCUCCUCCGGAAACAGGGGCGGGAGCCCCACCCCCGCCCGUGGCCGGGCCGCCCUCAGCUGUGAGCCCCGUCCCUCAUCAGCGCUCAAUAAAGCCCUUGCCGUGCCCCGCUCAGGGGCCGCAGGCUGU